CUUCCCUCUCCCUCUCCCUCCCCCUCUCCCCGUUCAUCACCAGUCAACACACGGAAACAGAAAACUGAAAAAUGGAAAAGCUGUGCAGUCUAUACUACUACUCCAGUCCACCAUGCAUAAAAGUUGGAGAAGAUACUGAGACGCCAUAGCUUAGCACACAGGGAACGGAUUAAGCUCUCUCAUGGUGUUCAAAGGCCGAUUUUUUUCUUCUAAGAAACCCGAUGUUUCCAGCCCAGAUGCAUCGGCUAAUAGCCCGCGAUCCGUCAGGCCGAAUUCCCCGAUCCGAUCCGAUAAGAGCUUGGGAAAGUCAAAUUCCAUUUCCAAGAACAACUCUCCUGCUACCCCCUCUUCGAUUUCAAGUUUAGCUGCGAGCUUCAGAGAUAAGAAGAAAGAUGGUAAAUGGAAAGAGAGCACAAUUGGUAGUUUGAAUUCUUCUGGGAUGUCUGGACCAGGAGGAGGAGAAACAUUGGGCUCUUUUAAGCAGAAAAACUUGGGUAUGGCCGAGGUCAAGGAAGUUGGCCCUCAGACUGCUGUAUCUGUGUCGCCUAUUCUAGCAUCUUCUUUGGGUUUGAACAAGAUUAAGACUCGAUCUGGGCCGUUGCUGCAGGAGAGCUUCUUUGGGUAUGCGAGUAGAGAUAAGGGUAGUGCUGUGGGUGUUAGUAGCUUGCCCAAGCCUGCUGGGAAUACUGGUAGAGUGGAUGGGUCAUCAUCUUCGGCAAAGAAUUCUGGAAUGGAGGAGGAAAAGGGGACAUCUGAGAAAUCAUGUUGGGCGGAUAUUGGGAGCAAUUCGGAAUGUAUGUCAAUGGAGAGUGCGCAGUCCAGGAACCAAAGCUCUCACAGUCUAGGGCCGUCGAGGCUGCAGAAUGGUGUGCCUUCUUCUGAAGCAGGUAUUUUUCGACAGCCACCAUUGCAAUUAGUUACACUUUCUCAAGCCGCAUUACUUGUGAUUACUAACUUCAAAGGGUGAUGCUAAUGCACCUCAUCACUCGCCUACUAUACAAGGCACUGGUGGCUUACUCGCUUACCCAAGUGUUCUUACUUAGUUAAUACAACUAUAUACUCUGCAUCACAAAGAAAAACACAAACUCUAGUCAAUGAGCAUAAUCAGUGAAUAUCUAAUCUACUCUUUCCCUUAGUUUCAAACAUUUGUUCACUAUAAACAAGUGUCUAUUUCCCAUGUAGAAGAAAGCUUUUAUCUUAAA